CGGUCUGCUAGUGCUUCAUCACCAGCCGCCUUCGACCCACAGUGAGCCUGCAGCCAUGACGUUCAACGGAACCUGGAAGGUCGACCGCAACGAUAACUAUGACAAGUUCAUGGAGCAAAUGGGUAUUAAUAUCAUGAAGCGUAAGCUGGCAGAGCACGACAACCUGAAGGUCACCAUCGAGCAGAGCGGGGACAAGUUUCACAUCAAAGAGUCCAGCACCUUCCGCACUAAAGACAUCGACUUCACUCUGGGCGUCCAGUUCGACUACAGCCUGGCCGACGGCACUGAAGUCUCAGGGAUGUGGGAACUGGAGGGGGACCUGCUGAAGGGCAAAUUCACCAGGAAAGACAACAGCAAGGUCCUGACCACGACCAGAGCUCUGGUGGGAGGAGAGCUCGUACAGAGUUACAACUAUGAGGGAGUGGAUGCCAAGAGGGUUUUCAAGAAGCAGUAACCUUGAGUCUAAAGAUCAUAUUUUAUUUUUAUAUAGAUGACACAAUGUAGAUCUGUAUUGUUGUUUCUAACAAUAAGACAUGGCUAGGUCAUGUGUGUUCUACAUAAUAUGGCUCACAAACAUUUUAAGAGAGGAAUAGCUUACCAAAGCAUCCCAAUGUCAUUAUCUAGUGGAAUGAACCGGUAAAGUGUGUUCAAGUCAAAGAUAUCCUACUUAAACAUAAUUCAACUCUAGCUGUGCAGGUGAACAUAAUCAGAUCAACUGAAGUAUUCAGUGUGAGGGACGAAGAUGACUAAAGGAGAGUUUAACAGGGAAAUAAACAUAUUAGCUAAUACAAACUAAUGGAAAACCUCCGUCACCCUGUCAGUGUAAUGUGCCUGAGAGACUCUUAGCAACCAGUCUGCCAGAAAUGGCCAAAGACCGUGGUAUCUAACCAUGCAGAUAGUUUGGGUUUUCCUUUGCCAAGAUUUGUAUAUAAUUGUCUCUGAGACUUAUAGUGCCUCUCUGCUACAAAAGAGAGGAACAGAAUUUAGUGUUUCUCCCUGCGUUGAAAGAUGUCAUUUUAAAAAAUUCAACCACAGCUUGUGUUUUCAGAAGCCAUGGCCCAGUUCCUGGUGAUAAUCCACAGAGCAUGUUGCCAACAGUUUCCAGAGAGACUACUUCAUUGGUACAAUGUAGUUCCAAGGGAAGCUGCCCAUGUGUUUGUGGAUUAUCCAAGGAAACGGGGGCGCUUUGUUUCUGGAGAUACGUGCUACUGUUGCCUUUCUUUAAAUGCUAUUUUCAACACUGUGAGCAUUGCCAAAAGGAAAUUCCUUUACCAUCUCCAUGGUAGUGGGGUGAACACAUACAUCUUAGACAUGCAUGAAUACCUCAAAAUCUGGGCAAAAAAUAGCCAAAAUAUCAGCAUGAUUGGUUACAGCUAGAAGUGAAUGAGACAUUGUUUUGUUGCCAUUUGGCAGAACUAUACCCUUUAGUUGUCUCCAUAGGGAUGGACCGCAGCUACUUAAACUGGACUUCGCCGUGCUUUUAACUGCGUCAAAUCAACCACAUUUAGUCCCACACUGGAUCGCAUCAUUGCGAUGAGAAACAAUAGAAUAAUGAUCCCACACAACAUGUGUUAGUCAUGUUGCACUAAUGGUUCUUAUAUGUUGUAUUGUCUGUAACAAUUAAACAAUGUUCAUGAAUC